AUGGUCCUCACAUCCAACAAGCUCGCCCGCCGGGUCCUCCCCACGCUCCUUCUCGCGUCCUUCCUUCCCCUUGGCGCACACGCUCUCCCUGCUGGGACCCGUACGGCUACCAGUGCGGAAUCAACCCCAACUGUCCCCUACGCCAGCGACGAUCCGAACACAGUGCUGUGGAACGCGGAUUCGGACAUCGUGCCCGAAGGCAGAAGAGGCAAAUACGGCGCAAGUGUGCUGGGGCCUCAGAACAUCCCGAUCGCGUUGCAAAACCCGGACCUACUUGCGCCACCGACCACGGAUAGUGGCGAUGUCCCGAAUGCGAAGUGGCCGUUCGCUUUGAGCCACAAUCGCUUGCAGACUGGAGGAUGGGCGCGGCAACAGAACGGUAUGUGCAAUUUCAACAGUAUGCCGAUUGCCAAGGGACUAGCUGCUGUAGACAUGCGCCUCGAAGCGGGAGCGAUCAGGGAGCUGCACUGGCAUAACACCGCGGAGUGGGCCUACGUCCUGAAGGGUUCCGCGCAGGUCACGACCGUAACCGCUGAAGGCCAGAACUACAUCGGGACCGUGAAGAUGGGCUCGCUGUGGUACUUUCCGCCCGGCCAGCCCCAUUCCAUCCAGGCGACCGACGAUGACCCCGCGGGUUGUGAGUUCCUGUUGGUCUUCAACGAUGGGAGCUUCAGCGAGGAUUCGACGUUCCUGUUGACGGAUUGGCUUGCGCACGUACCGAAGGAGGUACUUGCGAAGAACUUCCACGUCGGUCAAUCAGCGUUCGAUCAUAUCCCGAGCGAGCAGUUAUAUAUCUUUCCUGGCACCGCUCCUUCCGACAGCCAGCAAGCGCCUGUGAGCCCGCAGGGAACCACAUCGGUCCCGUACACGUUCGACUUCGCCGACAUGGAACCUACGGCGUACGCAGGAGGUUCAGUGAAGAUCGCGGACUCGCGGAACUUCAAGGCGGCGAAGCAGAUCGCGGUCGCGGAGGUGAUGGUGGAGCCUGGUUCCAUGCGCGAGCUCCACUGGCACCCGUCGGACGAUGAGUGGACCUACUUCCUUGAGGGCGAAGCGCGCAUUACUUUAUUUGCGGCAAGCUCCAACGCAAGAACAUUUGAUUACCAGGCUGGUGAUGUUGCGUAUAUUCCCGCCUCUUACGGGCACUACGUCGAGAAUACUGGCAACACCACUCUGCGCUUUCUCGAGGUUCUGAAGACAGAUGUCUUCCAGGAUAUCAGCCUGAACCAGUGGCUCGCGCUAACGCCGCCGGAGCUUGUGAAGGCCCAUUUGCAGCUGUCGGACGAGACGAUAGGGCAGCUGAGCAAGACGAAGCCGGUGCUAGUUGCGCCCCAGUAG